GACCCCACGCGUGGCAGCGUCCGACCCUAACGGAUUACCUACCGAGCUGAGCCUCCUCAAACUCGACGAAACCCUCGGCCUUUCCCAAAUUCCCUCUUUUCUUUCUAUCAAUCUCGAUCUCGAUUUCGAUCUGUUUAGGGUGUUUGGAGUUCUCGAUUGGCGGUGAUGGCGAUCGAUGCGCGAGCUGUGCUAUUGAUGGGCCUUUCGAUUGUAUGCGCUGUCAUGCACCCUUGGGAAUCCGUGGAUGCUAGACCCGACAAGGCAACGAGGGAGAAGUUCUACGGUGCUCUAGUAAUGGGAUCAGCUCCUCAGAAAUCCGGGGAUGGAACCAUUGCUGAUAUGUUUGAUAAAGUGCUCGAGAAGGAGUUCUCUGAGAACGAGGCCCCCGAAGAUAAGGGUUUGGGAUGUUGUGUUUGAGGUGUUUGGCGUUUGAGGUGUUUGGUGUUUGGCGUUUGGUUGGAAAGAAAAAGACUACCUGGGGUUGUGUUACCUUUACUUCAAGUGUUUCUUGGAGCGUUUAAGAUCAACCUUGAGCUGUUUGCUCAUUGUUGCCUUAUCAAUCUUUAAACAUUGUGCUAUGUUGAACUUUGACCUAAUAUUGUUAUGCUUUAUCACUUGCCAAAUCAUCAUGAUUCCAUUUGGAAUUUAUACUUUGCUCUUGUUCAUCUAUUAAUAGGUGAUGUU